AGCAUACAGAGUAACAUGACAGCAGCUAGCAAACAUCUCAUCUGCCUGGCUCAACGACGUUAUGGUUUCGCUAGCUGUGUGUUUUUGUCCUAUUUUUGAUUAAUUUUCCUCAGUUGCACACAGCCACAACUUAGCAUGUGCAUCUAGAGCUUUUUAAUAAGUAGCCAGAUCGUCUGUCACGCUUGAUAUAUCGAUACCAGCGAUUGUUUGGACUUUCCGAGGCCGUGUACUUUUUAUUUUAAAGCCUAUUUUCAACACAUUUCUUUUUUUCAACGAUCAAUUAAGAUUUUUUUUUUAUUAAACAACGUAAUUUUGCUUAUUGACGACUACUUUUUUACAACAACAACAAGGAAUUGCGGUUGAACGCUGUUUGUUUUCCAACCAGCACCAAAGCUCAAAGAUUAUUAACAAUAAUAUCACCAGCUGCGCAAAUACACUUUUGUUUUUGACAAUUUAUACAAUCUGGCAACCAGUACCCUCAUCAGAUCGAUCUGACCGAGCUGUCAAUCCAGUAUUUUUUUUCCAGACUCAACGAUGGUCUCUUGUUAGCAGCGUUUGCUGUCAAUAUCAGAGCCUAAAAAUUGACCAAGUGUAGAACUAAAGAUCUUAUCUUUGUGACAGCUCAUUUAUAAAAGUCUUUAGACCUUCCUGAGUGUCACCACGUACAUGCUUUCAGGAAGAGUUGCCAGAUUUUGCAAACCUGGAAGGUUUUUUGUUGUUGUUGUUCGUGUCGUGUUCUCACAAUUUUAACAUUUAAUGUCCAAUGUCUCGUUUAUUAUGAACAGGACUAGUUAAUUUAGUUCUUUUUUGGCAGCUGAGGGACAUUUUUAUUCGGUUUUAUCAUCCAGCUAUUUGCAAACCAGCGUGUUUAUUUGUUAGAUUUUUUUUCUCCUCAUUUUCAUUUUUCGCACAUUUUAUCAACAAGCCCCAUAUCUAAACAUUUCCCUCGCUGCCUUGUACAAAAUAUUUUGUAAAUUCGUCGGACUUGAUUUUAUUUUUUACUCUAUUCGUUGGAGGAAGAAGAACCGUGAAGGAACGAAAGGCUGCUGCUUGUUUUUUCCCCCUCAUUUAUUUCUGACCCGGAUUGUCGUUUUUAUCGUUGCUUUCUGCUUAAAAUGACGGCUAUUGAGAAACUGCAGAUGUUGAUCGAAGCAGCUGAAUAUCUUGAUCGAAGAGAAAGAGAAGCGGAGCACGGCUAUGCCUCCAUGUUACCCUUCACCAGCAACAAAGAGAGGGAUGGCUUGAAACGAAAAAUCAAAAGCAAGAAAAAUUGCAGCAGCAGGUCUACACACAACGAGAUGGAGAAGAACAGGAGAGCACAUCUAAGACUGUGUUUGGAACGCUUGAAAUCUUUCGUGCCCUUAGGACCAGACUCAAACAGGCACACAACCCUCAGCCUACUUAUGAGGGCUAAGGAACACAUCAAGAGGUUGGAAGAUGGCGAGCGGAAGGCCCAGCAUGCUAUAGACCAGCUGCAAAGAGAACAAAGGCACCUGCGCAGACGCCUGGAGCAGCUGGGUGUGGAGCGCAUACGCAUGGACAGUAUGGGCUCCACCAUCUCUUCUGACAAAUCCGACUCUGACCAAGAAGAGGUGGACGUCGACGUGGAAGGAACAGACUAUCUGCUGGGAGACCUGGAGUGGAGCACCAGCAGCGUGAGCGACUCGGACGAGCGGGGGAGCUUGCGCAGCAGCUGCAGUGAUGAAGGCUAUUCCAGUGCCAGUCUCCGUCGCCUCGCCAACCCUCAGGAGAAGAGCCCAGAGCUGGGCUGCAGUCUAUAAGAGCACAGAUCACCCUGGUUCCUCAGCCACUCAUCUCCAACCACUUCAACCUGAACCUCUAAUCACCUUCAGCCAGGUCCUCCUCUGAUACUUGAACGGUGUUGUCUCCUUUGUGACCGAAACAACGGAAAGCUCUGACAAAUCCCAUCUAGGUGUGCGUGUGCGAGUCAAGAGGAGGAAGCACGGAGAAAGUAUUGGAAUUCGGAUGUGCCGCCCACCAAACAGACCUCAUACAUACAGCACUAACUGGGAGAAAAGGCCGAACCAAUCAGAUCUUCCCACCCAUCCUGGAGAGAGGCACUCGAUUUGGGACGUUCCCAUUCCCGGAAGACCCUCAAAAGACCCUUAAAGACCUCAUAGCCAGACGAAGAAUGUGUACCAUACCACACCCACUGCCUAGUCACACUGUCGCACCCUGGGACGACGCACCCAGGCCGUCUUACGUUCCUUCAAUCAAAAACUGAACCGUCCAGACACAGGGCUGGGUCAUCUGACCAGUUAGCUAACCAACCAGAGCAUGGUAUUUUGCACUUAGAUGACAACGUCCGAAGGAGUGGCCUUUUUACACUCGUCUGAAGCCAGCUUUGCCUCUUCCCACGUAAUAGCCAAGGAGCGGAUUUGGGAAAGCUGCGAGAUCAGAGCAAAAAGGGUUACUUCUACCGUACAGGCAAAGAUCGCUUCGUGUCAAGAGAUGUGCUGUCAUGUCGUUUUGUUUUCUAAAACGUCUCUCCGAAGGGACUGCAGCUACUUUAGUGAUGUAUCAGGCGUAGUGUGUUAGCUAGUCUUAAACGAAAAAUAUCUACCUGCACUGUCUAAUACCGACACUCCCGUCACCGCGCGGGCAGAGAUCACUGUCGUGUUGUUGUUGUUUCCUCUUUUUUGUUUUACCCAGCAAGCACUCCUAAUACUCAUGCUGUGCGAAAUCAUCAGGGCGGUAGCAAUACACCCCUCAACUGGACUUACCGACGGAUUCCUGAAUUCUCAAUUCGAUGUAGUUUUUUUUAAGCAUAUGCUAUACUUUAAAUGCCCCCCUGACCUGCCAUCUUGAAUUUUAUUACUACAACCAAGGGGCGAAACGACUGAAGCGUUUGCAGCAUGAGAUUCUUCGAAGGGUUUGUGGGUUGGGUUUAUGAAACUGGGGUGGGAAGAGGGUUGACGUCUGGAUCUCAGGUAUCUCUUCCUCUCUCUCUAAGGACAGUGGCGUUUUUUUUUUGUGUGUGUGUGUGUGAUGCAUCUUCUUCAUGUUUGUCCGUUUUCUUUUCUCUCGACUGUUUAGCCCAAGAAGUGAGAGGGCAACUCUAGAAGCACAUUCCAUGGUUUAGCAGAGCUUUGCGUUAUUGCAUGGACUGCAGACACUUAUACAAAGGUCUGAGGCUUCAGAUUACCUACUGUAUGAGCGACGGACCCUUUCUGCUCCUGCACCAUCAGGAUCAUUGGAAGAGGUGUGUGAAUGUGUGUGUGUUCGUCAACGACUGCAGCACUGCAUUGCAGUUUCACUCCUGCUACCCUGCUAUUACCAUUUCAGCUAAAUGUAGACAUGAUGUGUAUAUAGUUCACAGAAAAAGAGAGAUAUCUACCCUAUAUGUACGUAUAUGGAUAAAGUAUUUAUAUUUGAUCUACAUUAUAUGUUAAAACAGAAAAUAUAUAUAUAUAUGAGAGAAUAUAUUUAAGUAGUGAUUGCCUUAGUUGCUUCGGUUCUCCUUAUCGUUAGUUUCAAUGUGUAGUUGAUUUGCACUAUAUAUAUAGAUACGUAUAAAUAUAUACCUAUUUUACACGUCCUAAAUUCUAACUCUGUGCUCACAGAGCCAAAAAAAACUACUUUUUUUCUUUCCUACACAAAAAUGAAAAUGAUUUGAUAAAAAAAAAAAAAUUAAAAGUAAUAUAAACUGCAUUAAAAAAAAUAUGAUUGGGUCGUAUUUGUUAGUUUGUUGGUGGCAUUGUGGGUAAUGUUAUUAUCGUGCCUGAUGGGACUUGGGAGGAGCGUUUUCUUAUAACACUAGUGAGUAUAGGGAGCCUAGUGAAGGAUCUGUAUGUUUGAAUGUACUGAAAUCUACUUUUGCAUCACAAAGUGAGAUCUUAUAUAUCAUUUUUAGACUGAUGCGCCAAAAACUGAAUUUAAACAAACCGGAUUGUUCAUUCUUUCCAUAUGGAAUGCUGCUGUUGGGUAGUUUUAAAAAUCAUAAAUGAAAUCCCUCCAAAAAAAGACAUAAAACGCAUUAAAAAAAGUAUAAAACUUGUGUGAGUUGUAGCCAUGAGAGCAUUAGAGCACCGUGUGUUUUGAAAAGGGGGGGAAGGUGGUGUAUACAUGUUUGCUAGUUUGUGACGUCACUGUCCACAGACAGAGAGAAAGGGUUUUUAUUCUUUUUUUUUCUCCUUGAGAGGACAAGGGGUUUUGGGCUGUAUGCCUUUUGUAUUGAUAUGCUUGUUUUUAUUUGUUACAAGUGUUUAAAAAAAGUGAACUUCCUUCUCAAGAUUGUGUCUUGUUCAAAUUUGGUGUCUUGAAGUUUCUCACGACCCACUCCCAAAAAAGUAGGCUCUGCUUUCUGUGUAGUUCGACCUUUUUUCCCCAAUCCCCCGGCUUUCUGAGUCUGCGUUCCUCCUCUCAUACGCCGUCUUCUGUGAACACCGGUGGCGGGACAUAGCUAACGUGUUGCACUUAUGAAUGUUACGUGAAAGACUAUAUGGUGCUGUCACUCACACGGAUGUGAAUUCCCGCUUUAACAUGAUGAAUCCUUACUUUGUCCCGGUGCUGCGCUUGUCACAGUUAAUGAUGUCACCGCGGGGGGUAGAUGUACAACUUUUGAUUUGUAUAUAUUGGAUAUGUACUGUACUUAGAGUACGAAACGGCUACAGCCUUAAGACAUACAAAUGUAUGAAAACAAUAGAUGUUAUCAGAAACUGAUUGCUGAAAGGAACCCAUCGCCAGUCAUUCCCACUUAUCGUGACUGCGUCUCAGGUGUUUCACACCUUUCCAAAUAUACAUAGACACAAACACACACACACACACACACACAUCCUUGAACAUAUACUGCCUCUUGUAAGCUAAACAAAAGAGGUUUUAUGUCUGUUUUACAUCCAAUCAAAAAUGGACAUUUCUAUGCUGUUACUUUUUAAGAAUUGGGCUACUUUGAUGUUGACUGCUAAAUAUGUGGUUAAAAGGAAUGAACUUAAAAUAAAAAAAUAAAAACUGAA